ACAAAUAACUGACAAUGACAUCGCGACUCAUCUGUUGCAGCAACUUGGCCGUCUCCGUUAUUGUUCGUGUGGGGUGAGGCCGAUAAUUAUUCUGAUUGUCUGAACGCUGAUGACCAUCGAUCGGCGCGGGUGCCGUUGGAACGCAUUUCCGGUUUCGUCCUUGAGUCGUCGACAAGGCCGCACGGCCCACCGAGCCAUGGUCAGCAGGUGCGGGGCCAAAAGAGAUCACUGCUGACACCAUUUUUGACGUUUCCGCGAUGAGCAGCAGGGGACCGUCGUCUGCGUUUGAAUAAACCCCAGACAAUGGCACAUUUCGCAGCGCCCAAGGCCAUGGCCCAGUCGACCGAGCGCCAAUUCGAAGAGGAUCUCGAGAGGGCCAGAGCUCUCAGCCUCGAGAGUCUUGCUCUCGAGAAGUUCAGACAAGAGAAACUUGAGGCCGAGAGAAAGAAAAAACUGCUCGACCAGAGAACUACCAGGACGGAUGUGGCUCGCACAAUAGAGCCUCAGAAUGACCGGGAAAAACGCUUCGAGUUCAAAUCAAGGCCGCGUCCGGGCUCCUUCAACACGAAGGCACCCCGAGAGCCCAUCAUUGCACCACCCCCGGCCGCCUCUCGACGAAACAGCAGCGCAUCAUCCGCCUCCAGUGAUCUCAUCAACUUCAACAGUCCGUCACCAAUCGACAGAAAAUACGCCCUGGUCGACGAGUUCACCAUUGUGUCCCACUCGCAAACCAUAACCAGCCGAGUCAGCCUGGAGCAGUCGGUCAGUUUUCCGCAACUGCCGCCUCCAACGGUGCCUCCGAGGGGCGUUCACCUGCGUCGCACUUCUGAGGAGCGGUUUUCAAGACCGCUGGCAAUUUCAGACACACCAACCAACUUCAACUUUGACGUGUUGAAACUGCUGACAAAGCAGAACAACAACAACCUGAUCGACCUCAGCACCGGCACUUCCAUGCUGGCCUUGGCUGUUCCGAGCAGAAUCAGCGUUCUUGAGGCCUUUGACCCUUUGCUGAAGGACAUUGCGGAUGCGGCUGACGACGUUGCCAGCCAAUGCUCCAGCAUUUACGAUGUCUACGACCCUUUCGACUUCAUGAAUGCAUCCCACGUUGAGCCUGUCUACGCAACAGUUGUGAAGAAAAGUUCCCCAGUAAAGGAGGAUACAAAUGAAUCAAGUCCAAAAGCAGAGCCGCCUCCACUGCCUCCGAGAGAGUCGCCCACAAGAAAACCUGUAAUAAGACUAAGGAACCACAAGUCAAAACUGAACGAGCUUAUAGUGAUGGUGAAGAAAAAGGAUGCACUGUACGACCAGAAUUUACGAUCAUAUCAUGCAAUGGUCAAAAAGCUCAGAGGUGAAUUCAAGUAUGAUGACCCAUGCACCAAUGUGGGACUUGUGAUAAGCCCGACAAUCGAUAACUCGUACGCUCCUGGAACAAGCAUCAAACUAAUUGUCAGCAGUAACAAGGAUCGAGAGCCAAUGAACUUUACAUGCGAUGUGAACUCAACAAUCGAGCAUGUGAUUUUGCACAUUGUAUGUGAGUUGGACGGUGAUCUGAAGGGCAGCGUCAACGAGUAUGUGCUCAAGGUCAACGGUCUUGCUGAGUAUUUUACGUCAAACUCCACCCUGGCUGAUUACGAACACAUCCAUCAUUGCUUCAAGCUAGAGCAGGACGUCAGGUUGACCUUGAUCAGGCUGGAUGACGUCAACAGGCCUUUAGCCAGAACUCUGCAAGACGACAAUAACGACAUGACCUUGACUUUGGAGGAGCUCCUUCCUACAGAGCCUGUCAGGCCAAUAACCUAUGAUGCCCUUGUUAUAUUGCUGGAAACGCUAGAGAACGAGCUGGAAAAGUUGGAGAAAGCCUUGAACCUUUCAUCAACCAACACGCCAUCCCUGCAGUUCAAAGGCGUCUGGCAGUCCAUCAAGGCAAUUUGCGCUCUGAUGGGCAGAGUCGAGACUUUAAAGUUGACUGAGGCCCUUGACUCUCUCAGUUCAGCCUGCCUCCUUUUUUCACCCAGCGUCGAUCUGAAUGGCUACAAAUCAGUGUUGAAGCCUCAGAUCGAGCAAGACGACAGUGACUACUCCAUUGUGUCGAUGCGAAGGAAAGUGGAUUUGAGUCAGGCCAAGGACAGAGUACUCGCCAGCACCGAGAGAUUGAGGGACGCCGUGCAGAGUUUGAUUGAGUCUUACUGCGGCGCCUUCAGAGUUGCUUUUCUACUCAGACCUAAAUCGGAGGCGCCUAACUCGGUUCGCUCCAUUACUGAAUUCAGCAAUGAGUUUUGCAUUCAUAUCAGCGCCCUUCACCGUCUUGGCCUUAACUGGCAGCAUCUUGAUUAUCAAGUAUCAAUGCAAGUCUUUCACGGACCUCGACCCAUCUGCCAUGAACAUUUUUCUGAUCCCGUGGCCAUGACCAAUGGUCUCUACCCCAGAGUGAUAUUUGAUGUGCCCCUCAUUGCAGCCUCCCUGCCCAUCAACAUGCUACCACGAGAGAGCCGCGUUGUUCUCUGUCUUUACGGCAGAACUCUGAUGCCGCAAGAAAAGGACGACGAGGAGCCAAAGAUUGAGCUGUCCGAACUUGGGUGGACGGCAUUGCAGUUGUUUAGUUGCGAAGGCCAACUGGCACAAGGAAGUUUCCUUCUUUCCUUGUGGCCUGUGGAGGCAGGAAAGAGACUGGGACCGGCGCCGGCUGCUGGAACACAUCCACAGGGUGACACCCAUCCUGUGUUUGGAGUAGAACUUCCUGAUUGGGGCAGCCAAGUGCAAUUCCCCAUUAACAUCACAGACGAAGAUACCCCAAUUUUGGACUUUAACAGUUUAGACGAGGGAACACAGGAGCAGCUCCUUGUUAUUGCCGAACAGGAUACAUUUACUAAUCCCCCAGCACAGGAAAGAGAAAUCCUGUGGGAAAAACGCCAUUACCUUCACAAUCACCCCGAAGCCCUGCCUAAAGUCCUCUUGGCUGCCCGGAGCUGGGACUGCAACAGUCUGCCCGCGUUGCAUUCGAUGCUGCACAAGUGGACUCGAAUGGACCCCAUAAGUGCCUUGACCCUUCUCCUGCCUUGUUUCCCUGACACAGAGUUGCGUAGAGUUGCUCUCAGCUGGGUGCGUUACAUUGAGUGUGACCAGCUUGUUGAUUACCUGCCGCAACUAGUGCAAGCCUUGAAGCAUGAAACCUGGGAAGCUUCCCCUUUGGCUCAUUUUCUUUUGGAGCGGUCUCUCACUUCUCCGCGCAUCGCCCACCAUUUGUACUGGUUAUUGACUCAGAUUUUGCCUGGUGACAGUCCUCAGAAUUCAAUGGAGCCUUUGCCUUGCGACAAUGCUGCCGUUUGCCAGUACAGAUAUCACCGAAGACUGCAGUUGAUGCUAAGGUCCCUUUUGGCCAUAUCUGGAGAUGCCAUGCGGCAGAGAUUUUUCUCUCAGCAGCUUUUAGUCAAGGAAUUGGCGUCCGUUGCUGAAAAUGUUAAAGGCUGUAAGGACUCGCUGCGAAUUGGCGUUCUGAACCAAGGUUUAGAAGUGGCGCACCAAAUCAUCAAAGAAACGCCAACAUGUCUUCCUCUCAAGCCAAGCCUGGAAGUGGCUGGAAUCCACAUCCGCUCCUGUUCAUAUUAUCACUCAAACACCCUCCCUCUCAAACUCAACUUCCUCAGCACUGAGGAGAGUGGUGCCUUAAUCCCUGCCAUUUUCAAGGUUGGAGAUGACUUGCAACAGGAUAUGUUGACAAUCCAGAUGAUCCAGAUCAUGGACAAAUUGUGGCUUCGAGAGGGUCUCGAUUUGAAAAUGGUUACUUUUGGCUGUGUUCCAACAGGUCAUAAAAGAGGCAUAAUUGAAAUGGUUACUAAUUCUGAGACUCUGAGGAAAAUUCAAGUAGAACUUGGUCUGACUGGCUCAUUUAAAGACAGACCUAUAGCAGAAUGGCUUGCAAAGCACAAUCCAUCUGCCUUGGAGUAUGAGAUUGCUGUCAAAAACUUCACAGCAUCCUGUGCUGGCUAUUGCGUGGCAACUUAUGUGCUGGGAAUAUGUGACCGACACAAUGACAACAUCAUGCUGAAAACAUCUGGCCACAUGUUCCACAUAGACUUUGGCAAGUUCUUGGGAGAUGCGCAAAUGUUUGGAAACUUCAAGAGGGACCGGACUCCUUUUGUGUUGACAUCUGACAUGGCUUACGUUAUAAACGGAGGUGACAAACCAUCAGCCAAGUUCCAUCAUUUCGUCGAUUUGUGCUGCCAAGCAUUUAAUAUAGUCAGAAAUCACAGGAAUCUGCUACUCAACAUGUUCGGCUUGAUGGUUUCAUCUGGCAUUCCCGGCGUGACAAUGGAUGCUGUCAAGUACGUCCAGCGAGCCCUCCUCCCUGACCAUUCCAACGUAGAAGCUGCUGCCAUGUUUGCCCGCAUGAUUGAGAGCUCUCUGAAGUCGUGGUUCACCCAGUUCAACUUUUUCCUGCACAACCUCGCCCAGUUGCAGUUUUCUGGCAGCAGCACUGAAGGAGAGCUGCUCAGUUUCAUUCCAAAUGUUUAUACAUUGCAACAAGAAGGGAAAAUAACUGAGGCGUCAGUUCACGGCGUUCAAAAAAGGUACAAUCCUGAGAAAUGCUACCUUUACAUCACGAGGGUGAAAAGAGUCAACCAGACUGACCCAUCAUUUCUAUUCCGCUCCUAUCGGGAAUACUGCGAGCUGCACGAGAAGCUCUGUCUGCACUUCCCUCUGGCAAAGCUCCACAGUUUACCAACGGGCCUUCACGUUGGGCGAACGAACAUCAAGCAGGUGGCUGAAAAGCGGCGGAUGGAAAUUGAGCGUUUCCUGCAGAGCCUUUUCGUGAUGGCUGACGAGAUCGCCCACUCGGACCUCGUCUACACCUUUUUCCACCCCAUUCUGCGUGACCAGCAGGAGUCCAACAUCCACGCGAAGAAAGUGAAAGGUGUGCAACACGUAAAAACAAAAAGGAAACUUCUUCAUUUAUUUGUUGCAGAACCCAAGCAUGACAACGCAGGCCCAGCGGGUUGCAUAACCGGCCAGUUGAAACUCUCCGUGCAAUACAGGCGAGACGUUUUGCUUGUGAUGGUGCACCAUGCGCGGGCGCUGCCUCUGGUUGGCAAUCAGGAGCCGUCCACCUACGUCAAGGUCUACCUGACCCCCGACAAGCCCAAGGUCACCAAGAGAAAGACCAAGGUGGUAAAAAAGAGCUGUCACCCAUCGUUCAUGGAAAUGCUGGAGUACAGACUAGAUCUGAAUGUGGUUCACAGCAGGACUUUGGAGGCGACCAUUUGGAACCGGGACUCGUUGCAAGAGAACGAGUUUCUCGGAGGCGUCUGCAUCCCCCUGAGGAAUCUGGCCGUUUCCGGCGAGCCAACACCCGAGUGGUACACUCUUGGCAUUGUGCCUCGAAGUCACUAGUGAGUGGCAGCUACUCUUGCAUUUGUUCAUUAAGCUGAAUAAGUCAUUCAACAUACAUAUAUAUUAAUUCAAUUAUAUAUUAAUAAGUAUCGAUGUGAUAAUCCUGUCUAAAUCUGAGAAUUGCAAUCUGGUGUGUUGCCAACGCGCUUUUGUACGCACACAAACCUGAACUGUGGACCGCGAGUCCUUUCUUCUGAGCGAUUGAACUUUGUAAUUCGUUUUGCGUGCCUGCUGGCCAUCAAGUGCUGUAAAAAACUAUUUUCUAUUUUUUAAAUUUACUCAUCCUACCGGUUUUAGCUCUUAUUUUUUAAUAUAUUUAUUGCGUUGUUUACAAUGUGGUUCUUUUCCUUGUCAUUUUAACUCUGUUCAUAAAUCUUGUAUCAUAUUUAUUUGCACCAAGUAUCAUGUUUUGUCUGUUAAGUGCAUUCCAAGCGAGCUUUUCAACAUGACGCUCUCUUGACUGAAUAAAAUAUUUUUGGGCUACCGAUUAAAUAGAUUGUGCCGCUGUUGUAUGCUGUUAAAUCCAAUACAAUGUUAAAAAAAAACGUUCAUGUGCAGAGAGCAAACAAUAAAAAUAAAUAGACUUGACAUUUUGCACCAAGCAAUUGCAAUAUAUAUUUUAGUUUUUUCUUCCUCAAUUUUGACAUUGACGAUUGACACAGUCUUCUUGAAUUUAAAAUGGAUUACAUUUAUUGCUUUGAGGCCUGCGACCUAAUUUCUUAUCACC